CUGUGAUACUUUGAGGCAACUGACAACACUAAACUGGAAACGUGGAGUGAGGGUGUGUACAGUAGGCGGUGCUUGAGUCAAUAAAUAAAGAGGCUUAAAGGAAAUCCUCUCUGAAUGAACUUUAAACUGACCGGGCGUAGACGAUAUCCCAUAAAGGACUACACGGGAGGAGGUAGGUUUUCUCUACAUAUAUGAAUCACACAAUGACAAUUUCAAAUUUGCAAUAUAAUAACUUGCUGUGUGAAAUGUCUAAUGAUGGCAGCAUUUACUGUUUUGUGAAUGGAGUGGAUAUGUUUAAAGUUCUCUGUGAUAAUGUGGGGAUAUUUGCCACAACAUUUUGCAAAAGUUUAGGAUAAGUUUUUUUAGUCAAUUCAAAAAUAUAAUAAUGUGGGUGGGAUUACAAUAAACAAAUGUUAAUGUGAUAACAGUGACACCCUUUGAGACCCAAGUAUAGAUCCAAAUGAGGAAAAACAAUUGAUUACCCUUCAGAAAUACUUGCCUCUGAUUUUGAUAAUAUUCAUUUUUUCUUAUUUAAUCAGUUUUUUCUGGAAACGUUGCAAAAAAUGCAACAUUGGGCUUCAAUGGUAGGAAAAGAAUGGUGGUAAGAAAACUGUGAAAAUCUAUUAAAAUCACAUCAAAAUGUAUCAAAAGCAUUUACAUGUGAUGGAACGUACACUGAGUGUACAAAACAUUAGGAACACCUUCCUAAUAUUGAGUUGCACCCCCUAUUGCCCUCAGAACAGCCUCAAUUCAUCGAGGCAUGGACUCUACAGUGUCGAAAGCCUUCCACAGGGAUGCUGGCCCAUGAUGACUCCAAUGCUUCCCAAUGUUGUGUCAAGUUUGCUGGAUGUCCUUUUGGUUGUGGACCAUUCUUGAUACACAUGGGAAACUGUUGAGUGUGAAAAACCCAGCAGCAUUGCAGUUCUUGACACACUCAAACCAGUGCACCUGGCACCAACUACCAAACCCCGUUCAAAGGCACUUAAAUAUUUUGUCUUGCACAUUCACCCUACGAAUGGCACACAUACACAAUCCUUGUCUCAAUUGUCUCAAGGCUUAAAAAUCCUUCUUUAACCUGUCUCUUCCCCUUCAUCUACACUGAUUGAAGUGGAUAUCACAAGUGACAUCAAUAAGGGAUCAUAGUUAUCACCUGGAUUCACCUGAUCAGUCUAUGUCAUGGAAAGAGCAGGUGUUCCAAAUGUUUUGUACACUCAGUGUAUUGUUUAAUGGUAUAUACAUCUGAAAUGAUGUCCUAUUUUAUCUGAAAUAGCCAAACUGAUACAACUCGACCUAUACAAAUUUAAGUAUUUCGCUAUCAAAAGCAUAUAAUGUAUUUUUUUUGUAAGAUAUACAUGUCUGUUAUUUUGAUGUGUAGAGGGGACAUCAAAGUUACUUCUGAAGUAUUUGAUUGUCCAUAUUUGCAGAAUUUGGAAGGGAAACAAUCUCUCUAAUUGUAUGUCAAUAAAUGAAUGUGGCCCUGUGUCUCAGUUUAGCAACCCUUUAAGCCAAAUGUUGCAUUUUUGUAACACUUACAAAACUACAGUAGCUCUGUUUGUUUCUCAAUUUUUGUUUUCUACAUAAUCACUACAUCUUAGAGAAGACAGAAAAAAUAUAUAUUUCAAGUAAUUUACUUGCAUGGAUGGCCAACAACAUGUGCUUGCUUGUGUAGGGGACCAGUGUGGUUGCAGAUGAGUGGACAGGUUUCUAAUGUAUAAGAGGUUACUGAUGCCACAAUAAUCAUACUAACACACACCAAAUACUACUAAGAGAUAGCUCUGGGUCUAAGGAGAUGAAGUAUGUAGUGUUUUAGAUUAUUUCUUAGUUUGGGACCUGUACAGGAUGCAAUUUAGGGAACAUUGCAUUUUUACAGCGUUGGGUCACACAGGAAACAGCAGAAGAAAUGUAACUAAAAUGACAUUUUCAUCUCUCCCUCUGUCUCUCAGAAAAUUUGACAAAAUGUGGAAUAGGAUUAUUUUUGGUGGACUGGUGGUCUGUCUCAUCUGCCUCACUGACCAGACUCAGGUAAGAACACAGUCAGUCAACACUGAUAAACAGAGAAACAUGUUAUUCCUUUAACCCUGGGAGUAACCAUUACUUAUCUGCUGGUUUUGUACAGGGCCAGAAAACACCUUUAGUUGUUCAAGGUAAGUGUUAGUUAUUUUCAAAACAUCACUUACAUUGGAAAGACAAGAGAAAACCAUUCUGCCUAUUACAAUAUGUUCAUGCAUGAGCAUGUGCGUUUCCUUGUUUCAGGGACAGAUUGCACACAGAUCAAAACUCUCUCCCCUCGAGCCACUAGUGGAGUGUAUGUCAUUCAGCCUGCAGGGGUCAGAUCUCCCUUUAAGGUAUGGAAACAGCGAAAUAUUUAGGCCAGGUACUACAUUUACUUUUCUCAUUUGGUUACACAACCACACAGAGGCAGUAAAGCUUAGCUAUGGAAUGUUGAAGGUGUCGCCAGGCUUGCCAGAGUUACAGGAGUUCCACAGGGUUCCAUUCUUGUAUCGUUUUUGUUCACAAAAAAACAAUUUGUUGAUUCAAAAGUACAUUUUUAUUGUAUACAGGUGUAUUGUGAGAUGCUGGCGGACGGAGGCUGGACAGUCUUUCAAAGGCGCACCGGGGCAGAGGUUCUUUUCAACAGGAAGUGGGCCGCGUACAAACAAGGCUUUGGGCAUCUACGGAGUAAAGAAGGGUCCCUCUGAGCACAUCACAUUUCACCAGCAACUAAUUUUUGUCUAUAAUACUCAUGUUUACAUCUAAGGCAACUUAUAGAGGGUUCCCUGUACUCUACUCUUCUCAAUUCAGUUCUCUUUGCUGUUGUUUCCUAGAGGACCACUGGCUGGGUCUGAACAAGGUGUUUGCUCUAACAAAGGGGGGCAAGGGGCGGAGAUCGACCAUGCGGGUCGACCUGUGGGACUUUGAAGGGGGCACUGCCUUCGCUGAGUACAGUGACUUCCGUCUGGGCAGGGAGAAUGAGGCCUACAAGCUGAACGUUGGAGCCUACAGGGGCAACGCAGGUAAUGGUGAAUUUCAACAGCACAAGGUGACAGUGGUCAUAUUAUUUACUUCAGUGUUAUAGUUAUUUCACAUUUGGUGGCAGCAAUGGGACCUCUACACAUCACAUAUAUAUGUCAUAUGGUAUGUAUGCUGGGUUGAUAUUCUUAAAUGUUGUAUGCCUUUGAAGUCAAUACAAUUAAGAGUGAAUUAGAAGUAGGACUAAUGUUCUCUCUCUUCAUCACUCCCUGUAUCUCCGUAGGUGAUGCCAUUCGUGGGAAAUACGCCGGCAUUGACCAGAAUGGUUUUGGCUUCAGCACAACCGACAAGGACAAUGAUGGCUGCUCGCCCUGCAUCUUUGGCGACAUCGCCGAGAACACAUGCAGCUUCUCGGAGGGAGGAGGAGGGUGGUGGUACAGCCGCUGUGGCUCUGCCAGCCUGAACGGAGACUGGCACCCCGCCGGCGAACACAUCGGCUGGGCCUCCGGCCUCCACUGGGAGACCUGGAAAGGACCUGCCCCAUACUCAGCCCAAGCCAGCCGCAUGAUGAUCAAGUCUGUGUGAGGCCACGUCUCAAUUUAUCUUAAAUGGUUUCCUAGGCCUAUGUCUCCUUUCCUUUAUGACCACCGGUCUGAGAAGCACCUGGCAGUGUGGCACAGUAGUGGGCAUGAGUAGAGGAAGCCAUUAAAAGAACUGGAACACACACAGCUAUGUGUUCCAUGGAGUGAUGCCUGCAUGCCGUGCCAUAUUGCUUUAGCUUGAAUGGUCUGUUUAUUUGGGCCUGUUGUCCAAUCAACACACUGUAUUUGCGCUUUUUCAUCUAUUCGUUUCUUCAUCUUUUUGUUUAUCCAAUUCUCUUUGUUGUAUUAUAUAAUGAUGCACAAAUCAGAGCCAACAUGUAAGUGACAGAAAUAGAAAAUAUAGUUUUUUUUUACACUUGACCAUUUAAAGUCUGAAGUCCACCAUGCUCAGAUCCACCAUGUUUUCAGUGAAGAGAAAAUACCUUGUGGAAGUUUUAUUUGUUACACAGCAACAAUUCUACAGAUCUAACUUGUGAAUUGUUUCAUCACAUAGUUUGUCAUAAUUUAUAUUCUAGAAUGUUGAUACUGUAUGCAUUUUUAAAUAUAAUAACUUUUUGAACAUUUCUUUAGCACAAACUUAGCCCAUUUUCAAUCAAGUUCAGACACCAUUAUUUUUGCCCUGUAAACAUGCUUGGAUGCAUGCAUUCUAUGGUGUGUGUUUAUAGUGAAAUAAACGUUGUACUUAUUGCACAUUAAAUCAUUCAUGGUUUCUCAUCCAGUAAAUAGGUUUGUUUUUCUCCUACCCUAGAGCCAGGUUUCUAACUUUGAUUGAUUAUGGAUCUUUAUCUUUGUUACACGUUGCUACAUUAAGUCCAGGGCUCACUUGAAAAAUCAAUAAAACAUCUAAUUUGUUUUAUUUAUAAAGCCCUUAUACAUCAGCAGUUGUCACAAAGUGCUUAUACCGAAACCCAUCUUAAAACACCAAAGAGC